AUGGAAAGACAGCUUAAGCAAGGUGAAAGAAAGAGAAUCGAGAAUGAAGAGCUUGUCAAAUACAUGUCAAGUUUGCCUAGUUUUCUGGAAAAGGGGGAAAAUCUACAGGACAAAGCUUUCAGUGUCGGCGUCCUAGAUUGGCGCUUUCUUGAAAAAUGGCGAUACGAACAUGUAAACAUACCUUGUAGAAGUAGUGUGUGUUCACCGUCAAGCAGCAAUACCUUGUCAGUUUCCUCGAUGGAAGGAUCUUCAUCUAAUUCUAGUAGAGCCCGAAGCUGCUCCCCUUCUCGGAGGAAGAAUCAACAAAGAAAUCUGCUAGAACUCAGCAAAGAUCAACACCCACGGAGGACUUCUCGUGUUAGGAGAUCACUUGAUGUAGAGACUGAGACGAGAACGUCAAGUUCAAAGGGGAAUAUGAAGAUCCAAGAUAGAGAAUGUUUAUCAAAACAAGAGGAAGAGUUUGCAAUAUCAUGCCAUAGAGUUGAUGAUUUUGUUUGCACAGAGAAGCAUAAAUCAGUUACCCUUCAAGUACCAGAACCUGGCCAAGAAACUGACAGCUGCACAACUUACUGCCCACCUGAUUCAGUAGUGAGAAACGAGGGAGCGGUGAAACCAAGCAGACGGAGCUUUUCUUGUGGAUUUAUUUCUGCAUUUCUCCCUGUUGAAGCUGGUGAGUCGAAGAUGGGACAAGCGAGUUCAGUAGAUGCAAAGGAUACUAGCUCUUCAUCUCAGACAAUUCAGCCUUCAUCAUAUUCUGUAAAAAGAUUUUCCAGCCCACCCAGAGUCAAUUACAAACUAGAGAAGAAGUCAACUGCGACGCUUAACAAUCCAGUUGCCCCUAGUUCUUCGGAAACUACAAAAGUAAGAAAUUCCUCUCCAACUCGUCGGUUUAGCAUGGCAAUGGGAAGGAUUGGCCAGAUUUCUGGUAUAAAAGAUUUGAUGACUGUAUCACAAGGUGUCAAAUAUCCUGCAGAACAAUCUGGUUUGAAUAAAGCUCAAACUUCAUCCUCUCUUGAUACAGGCUGUGAUAAAGCGGACCCCACUAACCGAGCCAGGACUAGUCCUUUGAGAAGGUUGCUAGACCCACUGCUGAAGCCAAAGACAGGCAACUCUGAUAAUGUUAAACGUGGUGAACCUCCCACAAAACGCUCAUUGAAAGUCAAACUGGACUUGAAGGGCUGUAGAGAUGUUGAUAUCAAUGAUCCAUGUUCUAAAGGUACAAAUGUACCAUCAAAAUUGCAAGCUCUCCUCCAAGUAGCUGUGAAGAACGGUCUUCCUCUGUUCACAUUUGCAGUUGACAAUGAAGUUGACAUUUUAGCAGCCACAAUGAAAAGAUUUAGUUCGACGUUGAAGGAAAAUAGUUGCUGGAUUUAUACUUUCUUCACCAUUCAUGAGACGAAGAAAAAGAGCGGAAGUUGGUUAAAUCAAGUCGGAAAAAACACAGGUCGUGGAAUUACGCCUAACAUCGUUGGCAAGAUGAAGGUUACUGACAUUCCAUUCUCCGAAUUAAACAGGGAGAAACUUGACUCACAGUAUAGAAUUAGGGAGUUUGUUUUGUUCGCCACAGAUUCAAGGCAUCAACCAAAUGAUGAGCUUGCAGCUAUUGUUCUCAAAGUACCCAAUUGCCAUCAGGAUCGCGACUGCAGCAAUAUUUCAGCCUUAGGUUUAACAAAUCCUUUUGAGGAUCUUAGCAUGACAGCUAUACUUCCUGGUGGUGCACAUAGCCUACCUAGUAAAGGGGAGCCUUCUUCACUGAUCGAGAGAUGGAAGACAGGUGGAUUGUGCGAUUGUGGUGGAUGGGAUUUGGGAUGCAAAAUAAGAUUACUUGUCAAUCGCACUAAUCCUCCAACAAUAUCCAGUUAUCCCAAACCCGAACAUACUGCUGAAAGAUUUGAACUUUUAUCCGAGGACAAUAAGCCAGUCUUAAGCUUGUCUGCGUUUAAGGAUGGGAUAUAUUCAGUUGAAUUCAGUUCGUCGUUGAAGGUUCUACAGGCAUUCUCCAUUUGUAUAGCAGUUUUAAAUGGUAGAAAUCAAGAAAUCUGGCAUAUGCAAACUUGAUUGCUGAAAAGCUCUGAUGAAGUAAAUCCUGUUGCCAGAAGAUACUGAGAGAGCCCAAUUGGCGUUUUCUGCUAAAUUUUUCUCAAUUCCUUCACUUUCCCCUGUUGGAAAAGUCUAUGUGACUUGCUACCAAACAUGGUGAAACGUCAAACCAAGGCUCUAUAGCUUUUUUUUUUUUUAAAUUCUAAAACUAUAGUUAAGCUUGUAGAACAUCAGUCCAUGAUUAAUAAACCGAUAAGCCAUGAAGUUGAAUAAGGAUAAGGCAGGAGUCAGAGGUGGAUCUAGUGCAAAUUUAUGGGUUCAAAAUAUGUGAUCUUAUUAUAUGUAUACAUUUGAUAAAUA